AUGCUAGGAGGCACCGCGCUAGAAGCCGCAGCUUUUAACGGAAACAUAGAUAAUUUGAAGCUACUACUGGAUAGAGGAGCAAAGCUCAAUUGCAAAGCAGUUGAUACGUUCGUCUCAUGUCAAAGCUCUGCGCUACACAGAGCAGUCGAAGUCCGCCAGGAGGCCACUGUGAAAUUAUUACUGGAUAGAGGAGCAAAAGCGAGCUCCAUUGGCGCGCUUGGAAGCAUAUUAGUAACAGCGAUGAUAUAUCGCCAGGAUGGUGGAAGCGAGAAUAUUGUGAGGCUACUGCUGGACAGCAGGGCAGAUGUCAACGCAGAAAGCUAUGACGGCAGCGCGCUACAGAACGCGGUUUCUUACGGAAAUGAGAACUUUGUGAGACUACUUCUGGACAGGGAAGCGGAUGUCAAUGCGCGUGGAUCUCCUUACGCUCUUCCAUUCGGUCACGCACUACACAGAGCGAUCAAGGGCCGGAAGGAUAUUGCUCUUGUGAAGCUAUUGAUCGAUAAAGGAGCAGAUGUCAAUUUACGUUCUAUAGGUCCUUAUUUCAAAUCUCAUAGCACGAUAGCGGCAGCGGCUAGUAUUGGAAGCGAGGACAUUGUAAAGCUACUCUUGGAUAGAGGGGCAAAUGUUAACGCAGACUGCGAUUAUUGGGGUAACACGUUACGGGCAGCGGCCUUCUCUGGAAACGAGAGCAUAAGUGCUGUUAAGGGUGGAAACAUCAAUAUUGUGAAGCUAGCGCUGGACAGAGGAGCGAACGUUAAUGAACGCUCUGCUAAUGGAAUUAGCGCGCUAAACUAUGCCACCUUUGUACAUGGUGGGCAUGAGGACAUUGUGAGGUUAUUGUUGGAUAAAGGCGCGAAAAUUCACGGUUAUGGCCUGAUACACGCAGCGGUCGGUGGUGGAAACGAGAAUAUUUUGAGGUUGCUAUUGGAUAGAGGAGUAGAUGUCAAUGAAUACAGCGCUAACAACAGCAGCGCCGGCGUGGUAGAGGUAGCGGUUCGCAGUGGGCGGGAAACAUUUCAAAAGAGUGAAAUCCUACCAAUCGCGGUACACGAUGGAGAUAUAAAGAUUGUCAAGCUGCUUCUGGACAGAGGAGCAGACAUCAACGGAUCCUACGAUGGAUAUUACAACCACUGUACCCCUCUCGGUAGGACGCUAACAGUGACGGCCCGGACUGCCAAGAGAACCGCCAUUGCAAAACUACUGCUGGACAGAGGAGCAGAGAUACAGGGCGGCGAGCUAGAGGCAGCGAUACACAGCGAGAACGUGGAGAUUGCGGACCUAUUGGUUGACAGGGAAGCGGUCGUUCGGGGCAAAGCUGAUGCAUGA